UGUAAUAGGUACCUACUAUUUAUUGUAGGUAUUAAGAACAAUAUUGUAUGAAAAAAACAAUACAAAUCAGAAGUUAAAUGUUCAAAUUUUUAACUUAAAAUCACUGUACAGUUGCUUAGUUUAAUAAAAAUAAUGUCUCUUUUACUGAAUUCUAGUCUAGUUAAACAUUUGCAAAGAAUUUUGCCAAUCAUUAAACACAAAAAUAUUUCAUUUAAAAAUAUUUAUCCACCUAAAACCAUUUUUAAACCAAACCAUUGUAUACCGACUUCUAUUCGAUACAUUUCUCUGCUGAAAUAUUCAACUACUGGAAAAUCAGUAGUUUUUGGAUUUUCAUUACUUGGUUUAUUUGGACUUGACGAUGAUAUAAAUUCAGAACUGAAGCUUAUCGAUACCAUAAAAAGAGGCUUAUUAUAUUUACAAAAAGAUGAUUAUAAAGCUUUUGAACAAACAUUACACGAUGCCCUCAAAAUAGCGUAUGAUUUACAAAAUUUUGAUGGCUUAACUUAUGUAUAUGAUGUCUUAGCAAAUGGAGCAUUUAUGAAAAAGGAUUUUGUAAAUGCAGAAAAGCUUUUUGUAACAGUCAUGCAACGGUUAAUGUCCAAAGGAGGCCGUGAAAAUGAUCUUAACAUUUUACAUAUAAGUCUUAAACUUGCUAAAAUUUAUGAAGCUCAAAAUAAUUUCAGCAAAUGUGAAAUUGGGUACGAAUACUGUCUUAAACAUUUAGAGGAGUUAUAUCAUAAAGAUCCAGAAAAUGAAAAUGUUUUAGGUUUAUACUCUUUAUCAUUGGAUGCAUAUGCACGUUAUUUAUUGAAUCAAGGACAUACAAAGAAAUCAUUUGUGCAUUUUCAUAAAGCAUAUGAAAUCUGUGUGCAAUUAAACGGUGAGAUAUUUGAAAUGAACGUUGUCUUGUUGAAUGAUCUUGGCACUCUUAGCUACAUUCAAGGAAAUGUUGAAGAAGCAUUAAAUUAUUUAAACAAAGCAGCAAAAAUUGGGCAACAUCUCCCUGACAUGGAAAAUUUUUCAUCAGUGUAUAUAAACCUUGGUAAUAUCUAUCUUAAACAAGGAUUAUUUAAAGAAGCAGAAAAAAAUUGUAUGGAAGGUAUGAAAAAUGCUAAAAGACAUCAUUAUGACGAAGGAAGAAAAGAAGCAGCACAUUGUUUGGAGGAAGUAAAAAGUGCCAUGUUGUAAAUUGCAUUGAAAUAUUGGAUUUUAUGUUGAUUAGAUUCAAAUACAGUAGUUAAUAUAAUAGUUUCAAUGUGUCUAGUUGUAAACAUUUUCUUGAUAUUACUCUGUUGUUAUAAACAUUUAAGUAAAAUAUAGAAAGUAAAAUGUAACAUUGAAAAAUAGUUACUAAUUUAUUUUUAUUUACUGUUUGAAACCAAAAUAUUAUUGUAAAAUAAAUGUAUUUUAUUAUUUUAAUAUUAUUAGCUGUCAGCUUUACCCUUACAAUUUGGUAUACUUUAAGCCACAUAGAUUAGGAUCAUAAUUGUCUCUAUUAAUAGAAUAAUAAGACAAAUUAAUUUUAAAUAGUUGAUCCACUAAUUAGGUUACUAUAUUUAAAUGCUCUAUGUAAAACAUUAUUUAUUUAUUUUAAAUGCUACUGUGUUAUAAAUUAUUAGAU